AUGGAGCAGACGGUGCGGUCCCUGCUCCAGAACCAGGACUCUCUGGACGGACCCAAAGUGGAUCCUCUGGACCUGAUGAAGGCCUACAAGGACAAGCUGCUGGAGGAGAUGUGGAAGCAGCAGGACAGCCUGGACGCCCCCCCGCCGCCGCGCCGCCGUCCCCGCAGGCCGCCGCCGACAAUCCUCUGCUGGAACGCCUUCGAAUGCUGGAGUAAAUGCGGAGAACUCAGCACUGUCUGUGGAAACGACAACCAGAGGAAGCAGUACGAACGCUGCUUGGACGAGGUUGCCAACCAGGUGGUGCAGGCGCUGCUCACGCAAAAGGACCUGAAGGAGGAGUGUGUGAAGCUGCGGACCCGCGUGUUCGACCUGGAGCAGCAGAACCGGAUCCUGAGCGUUCUGUUUCAGCAACGGGUCAGAACCUCCACCGCUCCCAUCUCACAGGAGGUCCAAAGAAAUGGAAAAGCAAGAAGUAUUGCUGCAGGAAGAUGGCCCAGCCUGCUGAGCCUGACUUGCCCACGAAGCAGCGGCAGCGGCAGUGAGCAGUCUCUGUCCAGUGCUUGCAGUGAAUACUCCAGUGGUUCCCACACCUGGGCUGACGGACGCGGCUUCUCCAAGCAAUGUGCCUCCAGCCGGGACAAGCGUAUGAGCACUGGCUCAGUAUCCAGCAAUCAUUCAGUGUUCAUUGAGCCAACGGACUUGGGAUGGAAGGAGGGCCAUAUCCUGAAAGGCCUGAAGCAUCUCCAGAUGAGCAAGUCCAAAGAGGCAACCUCAGCUGCAGCUGUUCCACACUGCAAAGACUGCAUGACCUCAAAUGAGGGAAUUUACUCCUCUGGUGUCAAGUCACACCAACAAGGCUCUCCGGCGAAGAAAAGUUCAACAAGAAAACCUUUGACAGCUGAGCCGCAGGCCUCCAUCUUGGACUCUGAUGAUCCAGAUGAAUUUGGCGAACAAUCAACAAAAACACGUCUUCAUUUGGACUCAUUGGAGAUUUCUGCGGAUGAUGACAAAGUUUCUCAUGAAGACUCAAUUCUUCCAGCCAGCUCUGGUCUCUUCCCCUCACCCGACUCUGACAACUUCCUGUUUUUAGGGGCCCCCACCGUUAAACCUGGUGUGAGUCCAACUGAUAGCCUCACAAAGUCUGAGGGACUCAACAGGAACUCAUUAGAUAAACGCAUAUCAGGAGUGAAGCUCAGCGACAGGAAUAAUAACCAAGAACUGGCCACUGACCGUAAAUCCAGACUGGACUGUAGCCACAGACAGCAAGGCAGACUCUCUAUCAAGCAAACAGAAGCAGAGGUAAAUGAUGUGAGCUCCUCAGCUCAGCGUUCUGCAACCAGAGCUCUGAGCUGCAUGAAUGAAGCCAGACAGCGAAGCGCUUCAAUGGAAGUGCCCCUCUGCAGAGACCAUUCAAAUCCAGCCGGUGGGGACAGCAGGGACUGGAUCAGCUCAGAAUCUCCACAGAGGAAACCAAAACCUCAGUUUUGUGACUCAGCAAGGAAAGCUUUCAUUCUGAGAAGCAAGAGUGCAGAUGGAGGCCAAGAUCAGCUUAAACAUACCUAUUCUCCUCUACAUCAGAAGCUCAUCAAGGGUCAAAGACCCAAAGGACAGGUGACUUCUUCAGGACACGGUGUGCCCAGCAAACGGGCCAACCCUCAUGGUUCCAGCAAAUGUAACUUACCUAAAACUGACAAAGAUCAAGAUGUUUCAAUGCCAGUCGGCUCCAAGUGUGUUGAGAGUAUGCAACAGCUGUCUCCGCUUGCAUCUCCUGUGAAACAGUCAAAGAUUCUUAAGUCACCAGGCAUCAAGGACAGCCUGAAGAGUCCAACAAAACCAUCAACUAGAGUCUCAAGCAAUGACUGUGCUGAAGAGAGCAUCUAUGACAACCUGCCCUGUUCACCGAGGAAACAGAGACGGCAAGAAGACCAGGGAGAUUCGUUCACAUCAGAGCGAAGGUCUCCGUCGCCACCGCUACCACCAGGUCGAACUACUUCUCUUCUCCUUAAAGCCGGCUCCGACGGCACAACCAAAGACAAAAAACUGGCAACUCAGCCUCAAAGCUCAACCACUGGCAAGCCAUCAACAGUUACUGACUUCAGUUCUGGUUUAGAGACUCAGCAGUCCAACAUCACAAAAGAUAAUCAACUUGCUGACCUGCAAAUAAGAGACAUCUCCAUCAAAACCUUCCUUACCGAUGGGUCAAAGAUUCCUCACCUCCCCGUUCAAGAGUCACAAUCAUCAGACUCAAUUCAGACGGACAGAAUCACCAAAUGCCGCAAUGAGAAUGGAUCGACAAACCGGAACAUCCUACAGAGAUCCCAGCAGAGCAUUAGUGAGCCAAAGCUUUCUGAAGUCCUGCCUACAGGUUUCUCUAAUGUUUACUACCACGGGGUUCCCAGUAAUCUCCACACAUCCUCCUCAAAUGCUGUGAAAAGGACACUUCCUGUGAAUGCUAAGUCUCACGACGCAAUCUCUGGACAGAACACCAGUACCUUCUUGAUCUUUGGGAGGCAGAGUAAUGACGAUCCAAACAGUCUGCAAACUUUUCAAACAUUCACAUGCGAUCCCCAAGUGAUGCAUGAAUUUGGUUCACGAGAGAAGUCUUGCCGGAAGAUUGAGACCCGCUGCAACUCCCUGGACUCUGAGCCUCUCCAGCCAACAUCUGACGCCAGCGGGAUGUUGGACUGGGGCUUCGAUGAGCAAGGCUGGCUGUUUAAACGCUCUGUGUCUGUGUCGACCAGACCUCUUCUCAAACCAGUGAUGGGCAUGAAUGGAGCUAAAGCUCGCAGUCAGAGCUUUGGUGCACGCUACAUGGACAGACCGAGCUUCAACAGAUCUGGAAAGGUCCGGACCCAGAUCAAAACCCAUUCAGGGAGCUCGCUGAACUCUCUUGGGGAUGUCCUUCCCGGUAGCAUGAGCUGCUCCAGUAGCUACCACUGUCCAAUGAAUCGAUCCCUUCUGAACAACUUUCUGAUUGAGGAAGGACUGACAGUCCCGUCACAUCUGGGUUCAUCCAGUGAAAGACUUCAAAGUCUUAAGCUGCAGAGAGAGCAGGCGAGGCGCCUUCAGAUCGAGCAGCAGUUUUCCAGCGCAUUUGGUGAGCCGGUCUCCGAGGAACCCGAGAGACAAAGCACCAUAACCACCAUCGAAGAGAAGGUGAUGCUUGGCAUUGAGGAGAACUUGCACAAGUCACAGGAACAUGAAAAAACGAACGAAGUAAAGCAAAAGUCUGGCUCUAGCAUUGCAAGUUGGUUUGGUUUCCGUAAGAGUAAACUUCCGGCUCCAAGCAACAAAAAGAUGGAUCCACCAAAAGGAAAGGAAGAAAAGCGGGAACAGAAGAUUACAUCUCUGCUGGGAGGAAAGAGUACAAAGUCAGACAAGAAGAAAGACAGACGAAAAAGUGAUGGAAAAGAAUGCUCUGUGGGAAUAAGAGAGCCCCAUGAUGCAGUUCGGUCCUGCAUCUCGAUUCCUGGUCCAGGAAUGUCCCUCUCUGAGGUCCAAGGACAUGCAAGCAUCUUAGUGGAGCCCCAGAUGAUGAACCGAAGACCUGACGGUGAAAAUGGAUCCAGUGUGAGGAGCCAGGACGCAGUCAUAGGAUCGCGCCGCGCCAUGCGGACGCUGGACAGCGGAAUCGGGACCAUUCCUCUCCCAGAGUCCUGCUCCUUCUUCUCCUCCAUCCUCAGUUUCCUUCCCAAAUCCUCGUCGACCCCCGAGCAGUCGCUUAGCCCUCCCAGUGUUCCCGGUUCCUCCAGUGAAGACGUGUCCCCGUCCCCGUUGCCCCGGUGGAGAGUCCCGUCCAGCGGCAGGGACGGCGGCCGCUCAGGCCUCCCCGCCUCCCUGUCCGACUCCUCCAUGAUCCCGUCGGUGCCUUUCCCCACCGUGGCCUUCCUCCAGCCCUCGUCUCACCCCAUUGUGACCCCAGCCAGUGUGUGUGACACCCAGAGCAGGCUGCCCAGACCGCCCAGAGGUGGGACGGAACCAAAGAAGCUGAAUCACAUCAAACCCAAACCGCGAUCCACGGCGAACCAACCGCAGGAGCCGAGCCGCCUGCAGCUGGCAAACUAGAUCCUGAAGCUGGAAGAUCCGCUGCAGGAAACCCUCACCUUAAAGACGCAGCGUCGGCCAAUCAGGAUGCAGGACAGCGCUCUGCUUCCUGUUCUCAGACAUGUUGGAGGGCUGCAGCGCUCUGCGUCUGGCUGCUAAGAUGAAUCCUAAAACUCUCCUCCAAAACGUUCUGGUCUAGUCAAAUCCUCUUCAUCACGCUGAGGACGAAGUGGCAGCUAGCGGCGUUCUAAUGUAGCAUUGUGUAAAUAAACAGCAGAGGUUCAUUUCUAUCAGCUUCAUAUCAUCAACUUCAGAAUCAGAUUUCAGCUGUUUUACUUUUUCGUUCCGGCUGAAACAAAACCACCAAACCUAAAGCUGCUGAUGUCACAGCAGACGCAGCUUUCUGCUCACCUGCCAGGUAGGAACUCACCUUUACGUCAGACUGAAUGUUUUUCAGUUUCCUGUCCUAAAACAGUAGCAUUUCACUGCUUGUUCCCAGUGAUCAGGCUAACUAGCAUUAGCAAUACAAACAUUUAGAAGGAGCCGUUUUCUAACAGAUGCUACUUGAUUUAUUAUGAAAUAAACGAUAAUCAAUUACUACGGUUGAAACUUAUCACCCUAGAAUAAUAAAACCUUAAAUUCUGCUGGACAGAAUAAUGAAGAGACAAACGGCUAAAAUUCUGAAAGGGAAAAAUAGAAUUAGCAUGCUAAUGUUAGCAUCGGCUAACUACUGUUUUCUGUUUAUAUUAAUUGCAGAUAAUUUUUUGCACUAUUUGAACUUACUUUAUGAUUUUACCAUAAAAGACAUGAAUCCAUUUUAUUUUGUGUUAAAUAUAAAAUAAGUUAGCAUUGACAUUAGCAUGCUAACAAUAGAACUUCUUAUUUAUUUUGAUAAAAUGUUGAAACUGAUCAAUCAAUAAAAUCUAUAAAUUACUCAUCUGGAUGCCAGCUGAUGAUGAGAAUCGUCUCACUGUUUCAGACAUCCAGGAACAAAUUGAGCAAUGUUUCUACCAGAUGCUAUCAUUACUGUUAGCGGUUACUGGAAGGUUUAAAACAUUAAAAUUUCUUAUAUGAUUUCUGAACAAUAAGUUAAAUUCUACAAAACAAACUGAUAAAAAUACAAACUGCUGAAAGUUUAAGGGAAUUAUUCUGUGAAUGCAUCUUAACGUUAGCAUGCUAACGUUGAGGUUAAUUUUCCUUUUCUGUGCGUAUCAUAUUUCUGGUUACAUUAUUUAUUUAGGUUUUAUUUUUUUGCACUGUUUGAACUUAUUUCAUGGUUUGAUUAUUGAUCAAAUUUAACAUGAAAGAAAAUUAGCUUUCAGAUUAGCUUUCUAACAUUAGCAUUAGCACACACUCUUACUUAUUUUGAUAAAAACUUUAGACAUGUUCAAACAA